AUGAUUACCUCAUUGAGCUCUACAAACCCUGAAAUUUUCACGUUGAAAGGAAAUACUUCAUGUAACGGUGGUAGAAACCCCAUAGAAACACCCAUCUAUCUUCACCAAGCAGAAUAUCUUCUGCGAAUCGUUUCAGUUUUGUCUCAAACGUUCAGAUCAAUAACUCUUAAUAAAGCACAAAGAAUAUUUGAGUCGCUUUGUGGAUAA